GCCAUAGUCGCCGCUGGCAACCGACGUCGCCUCCCUCAGUGGCCAGCGGCGUCUCCCACCACCACUGCCGCUUCCAACUGCUGUGGGGUGUCGCCUCUGCCUCCCUUAGCAGCCUCUGUCAUUCUCUGGACAGCCGCCAUCUGGCGAGCUCAGGUUUGUUUAUUCCGGCCUUCGGGCUAAGAUGAUGUUCGGCCUGCGAGCCGAUGUGGUUUCGGCCAUCGAGUCGUGGUAUUUCAUUCUUCGCACUAUUAUUAUGCUUGUGAGUUAUUUGUACUAUCCGGCCUGUGUGCCGCGUAUCGGCCUGCGAGCCAUUGUCAUAUCCCGGCCUACAUGCCACUUUCCGGAUCCAGGCUUCAUCGGAUUCCGUGUCGUCACCCUCAGAUAUGGUUCCUCAGCAGGUUCACAUCCAUCCACUUGUCAGGGUCGCGACGACUCGAUCAGCAGCGCGAUCAGUUCACCCAUCCAUCCGAGGGCGCCCCCUCGGGGCCAGGCACCGAGGUACCAGAGACCGGGACGACCCGGUCGCUGACUGUAGGGAUUAUGGGCCAGAGGACUUUUGGCGAUUCGGUCAACACAGAAGACAGCUCACCCUCCGGGUCAUCGAGAUGCUGUCAACCUUCCAGACACGUCAUUCCGACAGGUGUUUGAUCAUCGUACGGGAGCGACACUGGUCAGUGAGGUCCAUAGAGAUGAUGUCUAUUGUUGGACCGUGA